AACAAUACCCAUUUCCCACUCUCUGCGUUAACAUUAACUACAUCGUGUAUUAGGGAAGUUUUGAUGUAACUGUAAGUGAUGAUUUUGUGAAAAAUGACACUCGGCGUAAAGCAAGAAGAAUAACAUAGAGUGUUAUUGAAACUGGGUGACCAGAAAUUUCAUUAAGGAAAGGCAGAUCCUAGCUGAAUGCUGUGCUCUGUUGUAACAAGAUGCAGAUUUAUGGGGAUAUCAAGCCCAUAAGGUGGAGACAAACUACAUUUUCAUAUGGCACAACAGCAUCCUUUAGGACCUUCUCUUUUGUUUGUAGAAGAACAAACCAGAUAAGUCCUGGACUCCAGUCAAGAAGGGCAAUUCAGACAACAAGACCUCAGAAUGUCAAUCCUUUGCUCGUGGCUGUGCUUCGACCAGUUAGUAAGGUGGCAGCAGUACUGGUUGGCAGAGGUUUCAGAAAAUGGUGGCAGUCACUACCCAAGCAGAAAAGGGAACUGUUUAUACAGCAUUUACACCGUAAUAUAAGGAUUUAUAUUUUUGGGUCCAUCUAG